AUGACCCCGACCGCGCUCGGUUUGCUUUUGGCACCUCUCCAACCAGCUUCGAUUCAUGAUUCUUGUCUUUCUAGCAAAUUUUACGGGAUAUACAACCACGGGGACGCAACAACCAGAAGUCUGUACCUUGGAGACCUCGAAUGCCUCACAUCGUUUGAUGUGAGUGGGGGGGACGCAGCAUUGGCUGGUUAUACCCCCAGUCCAGACGAUGUUUUAGCAUGGGUCUAUCAAGCACCAGCUAGCGAAGAGCUCUUAUCGUCGCACCCCCCGUUUCCCCGGGCGCUGGACACGUUCAUUUAUCAAAUAUCGCCCAAGGGUGACUAUGACGACUCCAACCAGUUGCCACUUGAAAGCACAUCAGAUCGUGCGCUUCUCUACCGCUCGGAUACCUCUGCCCUCGUAUACGUGAAUCGCGAAAUUGCUCGACGGCUCGACACACUCAUUCCCCCCAUGUGGAAGUCGGCGUUGCUUCCGUCUUCACCGAUAGCUUCUUACCCAGUUCCUACCGAUGCCGUCAAGCGGAUCAAGCACAUCACGUCGUCCUUGAAAUUCAGCCCAGAUAUUGCCGCCACGGUGAACAGCAUCUCAAUCCCCCAGAUGCGCAAUGACAUUCGUUUCCUCACGGGUGAAGACGGCAAAUCCGGAAUAGUCUCCCGGCACUCGUUCGCAGAUGGCAGUCGAGUGGCGGCUGCGUGGCUGAAAGAUCGCUUCGAGGAGACGGGAGCACAUUGCACGCUCAAGGCAUUCUCCCAAGGCUUCGCACCGAAUGUCAUAUGCCGCUAUAAUGCAGACGUGAAAACGAAUGCCACUAUCAUCCUUGGUGCUCACUACGAUAGCCGUGGAUCCUUCGGCAACACGCGUGCGCCAGGCGGAGACGACGACGGGUCGGGGACCAUUUCCCUCCUCUCGAUCGCCCGAACUAUCGCGAGCAAGAAGGUCAAAUUCCACACGAACGUGGAGCUGGUCGCAUUCGCUGGUGAGGAGCAGGGUCUCGUGGGAUCGCGGGCAUACGCACGCGAGCUGAGGGCGGCUGGCGCGAAUGUGACGAUGAUGAUACAGGCAGACAUGCUCGCCUACCGAGCCCCUAACGAGCCCCUGCAGCUGGGCCUCCCAGAAUCGAUUGGUACCCCGGCGGUCGUGCAGCUAGUGUCCAACGUGUCUGCGCUGUACAGCCCGGAGUUGACGGUCGGCUUCACGAAGGCGUGCUGCAGCGAUCACCAGUCGUUCCACGAGCAGGGCUUCGCGUCCACGCAGGUGUUCGAGCGCGCGGGAUGGAUCGCCGAUCCCAUGUAUCACAACAGCGGCGAUGUGAGCGACCGCGAAGGCUACGACUUCGAGCAAGUGAAGGCCAUUGCGAAGGUUCAGUUUGCGACGGUGCUGCACGUUGCGGGGUUCACGACCAGCGGGUAG